CGUGCCGCGAUCCUGCCGGGACAUCGACGACGACGACGACGACAACGAAGACUGUUGCGAAAUACCCAACCCGUCCAUGGAGAGUGAGCCGGCGCGUCAGAAAACAUGGCGACCCGACGUGUGAUUGAAGACUCGGACGACGACGGUAGCGACUUGAGCCCGCUUAAGAGCCCAGCCUACUCGCUUCUCACGGACGUGGCCGAUCGCGACGACUACGACUACUACCUUGCCGACGAUCACGCCGCGCCGGGGCCGGCGCUCCCCGACGGCGGCCCCAGCGGCGCGCAGCAGGCCUCCAGGAGCGGCUCGACGGACCCGGCCUUCUUCGAGCGGGUCUACCAGGAGCAGAGCAGGACCGUGGAGCCCCUGGGCCGCGCGACCAUCCCGCAGACCGCCGCCGCGCCUUCAAACGACGCCAGCUCCGGGGGCCGGCAGUCCGAGACGAGGUCGUCCAUCACGGAUCCCACCUCCAAGGGCGGCAGACGCCGCACCUCGGGCGGCGCGGCCGCUGUCGCCGACUUGACGCAGGUGACCACGCCCGGCCGACCGUCCCGCAAGGCGGCGGCGGCCGCCGACGCCGCCGCCGCCGCCGUGUGGGACGUGCCGAGCAGCCCGGCCACAGCGGGCAAAGGGUCGUCGUCCAAAGCCGCCACGACAUACGGGAAACGCAAGCGCGCGCUCGCCUCGGCCGGGUUCGCGACGCUGGAGGCGGGGCCGGCCGAGGUCGCGUCGUCGUCGCUGUCGUCGCCCGUGGCGAAGCGGCCGCGCGCCGCGGCGCAGGCCAGCCCGCGGUCGCCGGGCGCCCAGCUCGCGGACGAGAUAGGUCUGGGCGGCGGCAACAUCCAGGUGGCGGGCGGAGCGGGCGACGACGUGGACCUGGUCGUCAUCCCGAGGAGUGGGGACCGCGUCCAGCCGUCGGGCGCGGGGUCCGACGCGACGUCCGCGCCGGGCCAGACGCAGAUCCGCGAGACACAGAACGCGACUAUCGAGGUCACGCUGCCGCAAACGCUCAGUUCUAGCCAGAAGCAGGCUUACAAGGUCUUCACCUUGUCGUCGGAGCCAAGCCCUGAGGAUGACGGCUCGUCGCUCCCGAACCGUAUCGACUACUCUGACCACAGGUCAAGCGGCAUCACUGUCGCCGUCUCGACUCCUAGUCACUUUGCCUCGUCUCGCAAGGUGGACAGCAGUCACCUCCCUUCAACGGCCGAGGUCCCGCCACCACCGUCCACAAUUAAAAAGGGUAGAAAGAGAAAAUCAAAUCCAGCACCCACGUCUUCUCCAGACAUUUUCGCAGAAGACGAUGCAAGAUCCUCUAAAAAGGCAAAGAAAUUUGUUUACUACGACGACUCUUGGGAGCCCAAGGGGGCACGGGAAGAUGCCGCAGAAUACAAACAACGAUCCAGCCGAACCAGACCGACGGCAGCUGCAGAGGGCCUGCCCGAUACUCAGCUGCCAGGGGCGCUGCCAGACACUCAACCAUUUGGGACUUUGCCAGAUACACAGCCUCCGGGCGUCUUGCAUGCAAGAGAGAUGCCCGGAGGACUACCAGACACUCAGCCGCCACCACCGCCCCUACCACCACAGGGAUUCGCCAAUCAAACAACCGAACAGAAUCGGCCUCAAGAUGAGCUCACACUGGACCCGCCAGACCGCAGCCGAGGACAGGGCGCAGAUCCCAUCUUGAUAAUGUCGUCAGAUCAAGAAGCCGGGCCGAGCCGCGUGCCGGAAAAGCAGGCAAAGCCUCAGAAGAAAAGGGGCCGCAAGAAGAAAGGGGUGGCUAAACCCUCCGAGCCGGCGGCGACUCCCGCGGAGCUUGCAGCGGGCGAUGACGUCAUCAACGCCCUUUCUGCGAUGCAACAAACAGAUGCACCAGCGGAGAUUUACGCAAAGACGGAUGCAGCCCUUGUACCUGCACUCGAAAUCCCGGUGCCGGAAGCACCCCCAAAGAAGAAAAGGGGAAGGCCUAAGGCAGACACUACCACGCAGGAAGUCGAUCAAACGGUCGUGGCUGAAGCAGAGGCACCAUUAAAGAAGAAGAGAGGGAGGCCCAAAAAAUCGGCCGCCAAAGUCACAGAGCCCACUGGGAAGGAGGAGGGAGCCACGGCAGCCAAGCAAAGUGGUCAUGCGACAGCGCCGUCCCCACCAACAGGCGCGGGCGACCCCGCCGCGACGAGAGCGCUGUCGCAGGUGAGCGACGGCAACUCCCAAAAAAAGACAUGCCGAGCUUCCGUGGAGUCCCCAGAGGGCGCCAACGUCACCAGUGGCAGCCGCGGAGCCAGCACAGACCCGGCCGAGAAGGGAAAGGAGAACGGCGAUCUCGAUGGUGGCUCGAAAAACGUGUCAAGGGAGGCAACAGCAGCACCACCAGUCGCGAAGCCGGCGGGCGCCACCAACGGCUGCAGCCCGGCAGGCCCGGCUGGAAAGGUGAGUUAUCGGGUGGGACUGAGCAGGAGAUCCCGGAUCGCUCCUUUGCUCAAGUCAUUGCGCAAAUAAAGGAUGGGUUCGUUGCUGUGGGCGACCGAUAGGCUCUCGGUUUUUUUGUUUUUGUUUUGCAUUUCCUGGGCGGUUUCCUUGUUGGGUUGUUUUGGUGUCACUCCCCCUGGUCGGACAGGCGUAAGUGGCUGCUCAUGUCUGAUGAAGUAGUGGAGGGGUGGCGCUGGGCUUGAGGAGAAGGCAACAGCCCAAAGCCAGCCCCGAUGGGCUGUUUUGUUUGUCUUGGCUUGUUUUUAGUUUUGUUCCUAUCAUGAACUGUACACAAUACCACAUUCCGUCGAUGGCACCACGGAACCUAGCUUCUCAUGCAGCUUGCCUUGCCCGCGCCACGCCACGCUCCUCCUCGCCCGUCUGUGCUCCUCGGGCAGCCGAACCACUUACGUACUGACAAAAAAAACCGCAUCAC